GGAUAUUUUUUUUGAUUUGGCAUUAUUCAACAAGAAAAAAAAUUUCGACAAAUUCCUUUUUUUUUGAAAAUUAUGUGAUAAUUAUGAGAACCAAUCCUACUACUUCGCGUCCCGGGAUUUCCACAAUUGAAGAAAAAAGCGUAGGGCGUAUUGAUCAAAUUAUUGGACCCGUGCUGGAUAUCACUUUUCCCCCGGGCAAGUUGCCUUAUAUUUAUAAUGCUUUGAUAGUCAAGAGUCGAGACACUGCCGAUAAGCAAAUUAAUGUGACUUGUGAGGUACAACAAUUAUUAGGAAAUAAUCGAGUUAGAGCUGUGGCUAUGAGUGCUACAGAGGGGUUGAUGAGAGGAAUGGAAGUGAUUGACACGGGAACUCCUCUCAGUGUUCCAGUCGGUGGAGCUACUCUCGGACGAAUUUUUAACGUUCUUGGGGAGCCUAUUGACAAUUUGGGUCCUGUGGAUACUAGUGCAACAUUUCCUAUUCAUAGAUCUGCGCCUGCCUUUAUCGAGUUAGAUACGAAAUUAUCUAUCUUUGAAACAGGUAUUAAGGUGGUCGAUCUUUUAGCUCCCUAUCGACGUGGAGGAAAAAUCGGACUGUUUGGGGGGGCAGGAGUAGGUAAAACAGUACUCAUCAUGGAAUUAAUCAAUAACAUUGCUAAAGCUCAUGGAGGCGUAUCCGUAUUUGGCGGAGUAGGGGAACGGACUCGUGAAGGAAAUGAUCUUUAUAUGGAAAUGAAGGAAUCCGGAGUAAUUAAUGAAAAAAAUAUUGAGGAAUCAAAGGUAGCUCUAGUCUAUGGCCAAAUGAAUGAACCGCCGGGAGCUCGUAUGAGAGUUGGUUUAACUGCCCUAACUAUGGCAGAAUAUUUCCGAGAUGUUAAUAAGCAAGACGUGCUUUUAUUCAUCGAUAAUAUCUUUCGUUUUGUUCAAGCAGGAUCGGAAGUAUCCGCCUUAUUAGGCAGAAUGCCUUCCGCAGUGGGUUAUCAACCUACCCUUAGUACAGAAAUGGGUUCUUUGCAAGAAAGAAUUACUUCUACCAAAAAGGGAUCUAUAACUUCGAUCCAAGCAGUUUAUGUACCUGCAGACGAUUUGACCGACCCUGCUCCUGCCACAACAUUUGCACAUUUGGACGCUACUACCGUACUUUCCAGAGGAUUAGCUUCCAAGGGUAUUUAUCCCGCAGUGGAUCCUUUAGAUUCAACCUCAACUAUGUUACAGCCUCGGAUUGUUGGCAACGAACAUUAUGAAACUGCGCAAAGAGUUAAGGAAACUUUACAACGUUACAAAGAACUUCAGGACAUUAUCGCAAUUCUUGGAUUGGAUGAAUUAUCGGAGGAGGAUCGUUUAACUGUAGCAAGAGCACGAAAAAUCGAGCGGUUCUUAUCACAACCGUUCUUUGUGGCAGAAGUUUUUACCGGUUCUCCAGGAAAGUAUGUUGGUCUUGCAGAAACAAUUAGGGGAUUUCAACUAAUCCUUUCCGGAGAAUUAGACGGCCUACCCGAACAGGCUUUUUAUUUAGUGGGGAACAUCGAUGAAGCUAGCACGAAAGCUAUAAACUUAGAAGAGGAGAGCAAAUUGAAGAAAUGAAAUUAAAUCUUUAUGUACUGACUCCUAAACGAAUUAUUUGGGAUUGUGAAGUGAAAGAAAUCAUUUUAUCUACUAAUAGUGGCCAAAUUGGUGUAUUACCAAACCACGCCCCCAUUAACACAGCUGUAGAUAUGGGUCCUUUGAGAAUACGCCUCCUGAACGACCAAUGGUUAACGGCGGUUCUGUGGAGUGGUUUUGCAAGAAUAGUUAAUAAUGAGAUCAUCAUUUUAGGAAAUGAGAGAGACAAAAGAGAGGUCUUACAAGAAGGGGUAAACCCCUGCUAUGCAGGACUCCCCAAAGGAACACACACACUUAGAAACUAUUACAUGAUCAUUACAUUACAUAAUUUUCUCCGACCACACUGAGGACUACGACUAAGCGCAAGCUUCCAAUAUGUUUGGCUCCAGCUAGCACCCAGCACGCCAACUCAUCUAAGAAACUUCUCUGCACCUUGCCGAUGGAGGGAGAAUCACCCUCAAAAACCACCCGGUUACGUUGCAGCCAUAAACACCAAGCACCUAGAAUAAUGGCACUAUUAAAGCCUUUCUUCUUGUCUUUAUGCAUUCGGUUGCAAACUCUUUUCCACCGGUCAGCAAAAGCGAUAUCCUUUACCCCAGGGGAGAGGUGACCAAGACCGAAAGGAGAUAGGUGGUUGUACCAAAAUUGCCGAGCAAAGACACACGUAGUCAAGAGAUGUUGAACUGUUUCUUGCUCCUGGUCACAAAGAGGGCAUGCUUCCGGAUGUGGGAGGCCUCUUUUUGCCAAAGUAUCAGAUGUCCAACAUUUAUUCCUCAUAGCCGCCAUAGAAAGGUCUUACAUUUAGGAGGGGCCCGACUUUUCCAUAGCCUCUUCCAUGGCUCAAAAGGGAUGGAUCCUUGUAGCAGGAUUUAGAUGAAAACCGACUAGAAGUCUCGUAUUUCCACACAUGCCGCUCAUCAUCCUGGGUCAACACAACCUCUCCCAAAGAAUCACAGAGAAGAAGGUAUUGUUGCAUCCCUAGUAAAGAAAGGGGGAAAUAAUUGCCCUCACCCACAAUCUGUUGUCAAGACCUUGUGCCACUGUUCUAGAGGAAAGGGUCUUCUUAUCAACUUUAGCAGCCACCUCAGGAGCAAUGUCCUGAAUACAGCAGCCAUUCAGCCAUCUAUCAGACAAGAACAGCAUGUUGUUUCCGUUUCCCACAAAGGAGACAACCGAGCUAGCAAAUAGCUGUUGAACCUGAGG